CAAAACAUGGACUAAUUUUGAAUUCACAAUGGGAUUAUUAAAGCUAUUUGUUGCCGUAGGGUUAUUUAACGUUUGUUCAGUUUUAGGUUUCGGGGUUGAUCCUGCUGUACGUAUCAACGUUUUCAAUGAUUUGACGCCUGGCGAAAGCUUUGAGGGAGUUUCUCAAGUCCAAGGUUUCCACGAUGAAUCUAGAGCCUUCUAUUUCCAAGGAGCGUCCAGAGACGUGAAGGCCUCUGAUGUCGUUGCUGAGCAGAUGUUUGCAAAGCUGAGGAACAAAAGCGAGUUUACUCUAAUGGCCAUUCUGAAACAAGAAAGGCUCAAUUCCGGAGUUAUCCUCUCCAUCCAUCGUGCUGAUCAAAGAUUCUUAGAGCUGGAGAGCAGCGGGCAGAAAAAUGAGGUUCGUCUCCACUUUCGCACCAGGAGCCAACAGGCCCACACUGAGAUCUUUCCCUAUACGUUGGCGGAUGGCCAAUGGCACAAAGUCUCAGUGACAGUCAGUGCUUCCCACAUCACCCUAUAUGUGGACUGCAACAGAAUCUAUGAGAGAGUGGUGGAGGUGCCCUCCAUGGACAUCCCUCGAAAUGCAUCAUUUUGGCUUGGACAAAGGAAUAGUGCACAUGGUUUUUAUAAGGGGGUUAUGCAGGAUGUUCAUCUUCUUAUGAUGCCACAAGGUUACAUCUCCCAGUGUCCAGAUCUCAACCGCACCUGUCCAACCUGCAAUGAUUUCCAUGGACUCGUGCAGAAGAUUAUGGAAUUGCAAGACAUCUUGGCAAAAACAUCCAGCAAGCUGGCCCUAGCUGAGGAGAAGAUGAAUGGGCUGGAUAGCUGCUAUUGUGAACGGACGUGUAAUGUGAAGGGAACGAUUUACCGUCAGGACCAGCACUGGACAGAUGGCUGCAGGAACUGCACGUGCACGAAUGGUACAGUCCAGUGUGAAACCAUUUCAUGCCCUCCUCCUGAGUGUCCAGAUGGUACAGCCCCCACCUAUGUAGAUGGGGCAUGCUGUAAGGAGUGCCAGUCCAUUUGCCUUUUCAAUGGGAGGGAGGUGCUGGAGAAGGAGAAGAGAGCUGUGCACGACUCCAGCGGCAGGUGUAUCCUGUUUGAGUGCAGGGAUCAGACUAUGCAUCGCGAGUUGAGCAGCGGCUGCCCAGAGCUCAACUGCCCAGAGUCUGAACAGAUCACCCUCUCUGACAGAUGCUGUAAAGUCUGCAGAGGCCAUGACUUCUGCGCAGAGGGCAACAGCUGCACGGAGCAUUCAGACUGUGUGAAUCUGGAGGCUGGUAGUGUGUGUAGCUGUAAGGAUGGCUUCCGCCCUCUCCGUGAUGACAACGCCUAUUGUGAAGAUAUUGACGAGUGCGCAGAGGGGAAACACUACUGCAGGGAGAACACCAUGUGUGUCAAUACACCUGGCUCUUUCAUGUGUAUCUGCCACACGGGUUACAUCCGCAUCGACGACUACUCUUGCACAGAGCAUGAUGAAUGCGUGUCAGGUCUGCACAGCUGCGAUGAGAACGCUCUCUGCUUCAACACCGUGGGAGGUCACAGCUGCUCCUGUAAGCCAGGCUAUACCGGUAACGGCACCAUCUGCAGAGCUCUGUGUGAAGGACUGUGUCAAAAUGGAGGGACAUGUGCUUCUCCAAACACCUGUAUCUGUCCGCAGGGCUUCACUGGCAAGACAUGUGAGACAGAUAUUAAUGAGUGUUCAGAAGGCUUUGUGGAGUGCGACAGUCGAGCCACUUGUGUCAACCUUCCAGGCUGGUACCACUGCGAGUGCCGAGAUGGCUACCACGACAACGGGAUUUUUGCCACCAAUGGUGAAUCCUGUGAAGAUAUUGAUGAGUGUAAGACUGGUAGACAUACCUGUAAUGCAGACACUGUGUGCUUUAACCUGGACGGUGGUUACGACUGCAGGUGCCCCCACGGGCACAACUGCACCGGCGACUGUAUCCAUGACAACAAAGUCAAGCACAAUGGGCAGAUCUGGGUGCUUGAGAAUGAUAGAUGCUCCGUUUGCUCAUGCCAGACGGGUCAGGUGAUGUGUCGUCGGAUGGUGUGUGACUGUGAAAAUCCCACUGUGGACCUGUUCUGCUGUCCUGAGUGUGAUCCACGCCUUAGCAGCCAGUGCCUGCACCAAAACGGGCUGCUCACCUACAGCAGUGGAGACACCUGGGUGGAGAACUGUCAACAGUGCCAGUGUGUGCAAGGUGAGGUGGACUGCUGGCCUCUCUCCUGCCCGCCCGUGGACUGUGAGUUUACGCUAGUGCCGGAGGGGGAGUGCUGUCCGCGAUGCAUCUCUGACCCCUGUCUAGCUGACACCAUCCGCAAUGACAUCACCAAAACGUGCACCGAUGAGCACGGCAUCACCCGCCUGAGUGGCUCCUCCUGGGUCAAACACGGCACUACGUGCACCCUCUGCCAGUGCAAGAAUGGACACAUCUGCUGUUCAGUGGAUCCCAUGUGCCUUUAGCUGCUAGCAGGAGCUCUGAAGGCAUUUGUACAGUCUUGUUCAUUCUAAAGAAACUCACCCUUCCCACCCUCUCCCCAAAACUACUUCUUUAUACCAAAUGCAAAAAUGUGUAUUCCAUGACGCUGAUGAUCAACAACUCACCUCUGUUCAUUUUUGCGGCUGGAU